AUGCCACCAGUGGUACAUUGCGUCCGCCAUGGGCAGGGCUUUCAUAACGUCGGUGGCGGAUGCUACACUCUUCCCGACCCUCGCUUGACACCCCUUGGUGAAGAACAAAGCAUGGCUUUGGGCAGGACAGCCUUCGCCGACCAGUCAAGAAUAUCUCUUGUUCUGGCUUCUCCGCUUUGCCGAACCCUCCAAUCUGCCCAUUUGCUGUUUCAAUCGGCCCUUACAUCCAGCAGCAAGUGUCAUUCUGAGAUUAUUGCAAUCCCUGAUGCUCAAGAGACCUCGGAUGACGCGUGCGACGUUGGAACCGAUCCAUCAGUUCUCCGCAGAGUGGUGACGGAGAGCAAGUGGCCUGUCGACCUCUCUCUCGUCAAGGACGGCUGGAACGUGAAAGCUCUCGGGACUCGUUACAGCCCAGAAAGUAACGCCAUAGCAUCCCGCGCACGGAACGCCCGCAUUUUUAUCCGAGAGAAGAUUCGCCAAUUUAUCGAACAAGGCGACACAGAGCCCCAAAUUGCGCUUGUGGCACACGGAGGUUUCCUGCACUACUUCACCGAGGAUUGGGAGGACUCAUGGCUGAACCCUGGGACGGGAUGGCGCAACUGCGAAGCUCGGUCGUAUGUAUUCAAGGAGGACGUCAUGAACGAUGCAGAUGUCGAGGCCAGGCUCACGGAGACGAUGGACAGUCGGUUGACGAGAGGAAAGGGAAGUCCUAUGCCGUCUGUGGACGAGCAGGUCGUGCUUUUUGAGCAGGCGAUGGAGAAUUGGGGAAGCCAAGGGCUGCAAAGACCCGACAGAAUCGGACUGGGCCUCAUGACGAGCGCCAUGGCAUGUACAUGA